AUGGGCGCCCGCACGGAAUAUCCGCCAGCACUAGAGAACCUGAGCAAGAAGGCUAGAGUCACAGUUGAUAUUGAAGGAGUUUUGCGCCGUCCCCACACAGAGGAGCGCGGUCUGCUCCCGACACUCGCUCGAAGUGCCCGCCGCUCACCCUUCAGCAGUCCACACAUUAUGCCUCGUCGGAUUCCUCGCCCCGUUCUACUUUUGCUUGUGCUGGGCGGUCUGGGACUGCUAGUAGUCACUGCCAACUUCAUUUUUACAUGGCGUGCCACGUCAGUCGCCCGUACUCGCGCCGAAGAGCACCUUGCGACUCUGCGGGAAACCCCUGGUGACACUAAUACAAGAGGCAACAAUGGAGGCAACACUCUCGAUGCUCAGAACGGAGACCAAAAGCCGCAGAUGCAGGAAGAACGCGACCAGUUCUCAGCCGACGACGUGCAGCGUAUGGAGAAGCAACUUGUGUACACACUCCACCAGAUAGCGCAGCGCACGACCGAGAAGCGUGGUAUUGUGCUGCCAAUGUUUGACGGCGUUGCAGCUCUUGGUCUGUCGCUCAUCAUGGAACUAAGAGCCAUGAGCGUGGAUCUACCUAUUGAAGUUCCACACUGCGGAGAUCUAAAGGAGUCACUACCGCGUAUGCUGCAGGAGAAAGAGGACAUGGGCAUCAUCCGCUUCUACGAUGUAUGUGAGCUGGCCUCGAAGACGGCCAGUACGCUGGAUCCUUCACGCAAAGUCUUCUGUCAGAGCUUGCGCAACUGCCAUCGUUCGUACAGAUCCUUUGAUGUCAAGCUGCUAGCUAUGACGUACUCGCAAUUCGAGGAGAUCAUGCUACUUGAUGCAGACACGCUGUUCUUUGAGAGUCCCAUGUCGCUUUGGGACACUGAAAAAUACCGCAAUACCGGUACAUUGUUUUUCCAUGACCGAUUAAGUCAGGACAACAUGUUCCUCGGCAACCGGAUUCGUGGCAACAAAGAUGUAAGCGAGCUGAAUCAGUACAUUUCGAGGUUCGACGUGUCCCCAUUUGCACCUUUGGGCAACAUUGAGCGACCAAAGGCGACGAGUGAGAACAAGAUCCCAGUGCAGCUCGACAACUUCUCGCCCAGCGAGCACCUGCUCACGAGCCACUCGUGGAACCACCGCGCAGGACACGAAAUGGACUCGUCCUUGGUACUGUGGAACAAGAAACGGCAACCGCGUGCAACGGCAAUACUAGCGGCCUUUGUGGCAUUGAAUGGCAUCGGCCGACCGCCUUCGUAUGGCGAUAAGGAACUGUUUUUCAUUGCGGUUGAACUGGCCGAGACACAGUACGCGUUUUCUGAUUUUGGUGUAGGCGGCGUGGGCUGGGAUUUCCGAGACAAUGGGCCCGGUAAGUCCGUCGUCUGUGGUCACGCCUCGCACUACUAUCCAGUCAAACCAGCGGAUGCCAGUGCUGUGGCGAAUACUAGUGUACUGUACCUGAAUAGCGAUGCCAUUCUGGAGUACAACCCAAAGAAAAAGCCCGUGUAUUACAGUCAAGCACGGUUAUACGAGGUGUACGCUGGAUCGUUCGAGCAGCGCGACCUCCCCCAGGAGUGCCCAUUCGACGUUACGGGCGUGCGUUUCUCCUCGGCCCAAGAAGAUCGUUUGCUCCUACGCCAGCGCUUCCACGAAAUCGCAGUAGCUUGGAUGGAGUAG